AAUCAAUGACGUACAUCCGAGUAAACGAGACGGAGGGAAGUUAGCGAGUGAAAGGCAUAAAAAAGUGAACUGGAACGCAGCCUAGAUCCCCAGUCCUUUAUCUUAGUAGGAGGACUUCCUGUCGGGACAGACUCCAGAGCGCUAUCAUCACCGUUCAGUUCCCAAACAAACUUUACCAACUCACACUCCGCUCCGCAACUUUUCCUCCAGCGCCCUCCAUCGAGAAGUACCGCUGCCAGCCAGAUCCGUUUGGAAAACAAAAGCAGAAAUGUCCCCUCCGUCCGCACGGCUUCAAACCAAGCCCGUGAUAACAUGUCUGAAGACGUUUCUGAUCUCGUACAGUCUGAUUUUCUGGUUCACAGGAGUGAUCUUGUUGGCUGUUGGAGUAUGGGGAAAGGUUAAUCUGGAGUUUGACCUCCUUCUGACUGCAGACAAGAGAACCAAUGCACCAUAUGUCCUCAUUGGGACCGGAGCCAUCAUCAUCAUCUUCGGGUUGUUCGGUUGCUUUGCUACCUGCCGUGGAAGUCCAUGGAUGCUGAAGCUGUAUGCUAUGUUCCUGAUCCUUGUGUUCUUAGCUGAACUAGUGGCAGGUAUAUCCGGCUUUAUUUUCAGACAUGAGAUUAAAGCAGUGCUUCAAGGUGUCUAUAAUAAAGCUGAAUCAGUCUACAGUGGUAAGGGCAACGAAGAUCUGGACAGAAUCCAGAGAACACUGCAAUGCUGUGGAGAGAAGAACUACAUCAGCUGGGUUAACACGGAUUACUUCAAAAAAGAGGGCAUCCCCAAAAGCUGCUGCAACAUGACUGCUGGUGUAAACUGCACUUCUGCAGAACUUAAAGAUCUUAACACGGCUGCAUCAGUGGUAUAUCAACGGGGCUGUUUCUCCCUGAUGACUACAACUUUGGAGGCCAAUCUUGGAAUUAUUGCUGGAAUUUCUUUUGGAAUUGCGUUCUUCCAGCUCAUUGGGAUAUUCUUGGCAUUUUGUCUGUCUCGCUAUAUCACCAACAACCAAUAUGAGAUGGUGUAGUGAUCCACAGGAUAUCAACUGGAGAUCACAGAGAGCUGAACCUGAUAAAAAGGGAAACCAUUUAGUUUCAGUGUUUUGUAUGUGUGCCUUAGCUAAACCUUUCAUUUUAGAGAAUUUCUGAAUGCUUUUUAAAGAAUAUUUCUUGUUUGUAAGUGCAUUGAAGGCAAGGAACCGAUUUGCAUUUGUUUUGCAAGAGUGUAAAUAUAACAGCGAUCAGAUAUACAGAAGUUUGUAGAAAGUGCAUGUGUUCUAGCCAGUGUUAAACCAAGAACCAGUUAUUCAGUAAAUAGUGACUUUUGUUUCAUUGGAAUUAACACAUGCUAAAACUUUGCAUCUAGUAAAAAAAAAAAAAAAAAAGUAGUGCAAUUUCUUGCAUGCAACUGAAGUUCAACAUUUGCCAAAAAGGAUAUUUUUGAGUGACUUAAUAAUUUGAGACAUUUAAGAUGUUAUCCACUCAACAUGUUACACAGGGAGUUCUGUUUAUGUCACCAGCAGUUUAUUUUCAAGAACUAGUUUUAAUACAUGUAUGUUCAUUGCCAUUUGGAUUGCUUCUGUGAAAAUGUGGUUAUUUGCAAUUUCUCUACAGUCUUUAUUAAUGUAGCAGCUAUAGUGUUAUUUGUAAGGUUAUUGAAUGUCAUGGUGAGAGAAAGGUUAUAGUGUGUCUUUGUCUUCAAAAUGUGAAAUCUUUUGCCGUCCAGGUUGAUCAGGUAACAAUAUUUAACAUGUACAUACAAAGCUACAAAUAUCGCCAUUAUCUAUACAGGGGUUGAGCUGUAUUUAAAGACAUCUUUGCAUUUGUAAGGCAAAUAAGGUGAUGUAUAAUCCAGAUUAUUUUUUUAAACUAGAAUUAUUUUCUCUUGUCACUUCAACAUAAUCCUACCGAUUAGCAUUUGUCAUAAAAUAAACCACCCUCUGCGUUUUGUCAGCAUAUGGGUUUACUUUUGGGGCAUGUACACGUUGUAUCUUUGUAAGACGACAGACUGGCAACAGCCUGGUCAUUUUUGUGCAAAUUGUAAAAUGCAUAGGAACAAUAAACUUUUAUAUGAGCAUAGA